GUUUGGGGUGUGUGGAGGUGGUCUCUCUCGCGGGUGGGGUCAGGGCAGAAGAAAGAGACCCCCCCUCUCCUCUCUCUCUCUCUACCCCCCUCCCCAAACACCAGCGCGGAAGAAGCAGCAGCGAUGGGAACGGAUGGAGUGGUGGUUCUCGGCGUUGUGGGGGCUCCCUGGGCGACUCCAGCGGCUUAUUAGCCACGUAGCGAUUUGGGUCUUCAACAGCUGGCAGACGCAGGCUUCCAUCAUGCCGAACAGCACGAUCCUGGAUGAAUUUGCGGUGGCCGAGGAGGCCCAGGAGAUGUUGAUGCAACACCGUCCCCAGAUUGAGCGCCUCUUUCAGGUGGAGCUGAAUGUCAUGGGGGUGCUGGGAUCGGACCCCAAAGGAGCAAGGAAGAUCUGGUUGCAGUUGCAGGGAAGGCAAGAGAAUCUUCACAGGGCAAAGGAAUACAUCAAAGGUCUUUGUGCCCCAGAGCUUCAGGAGGAAGUACAGUAUCCUAAAGACCUGCAAUGCAUCUUCUUAGGUGCCCAUGGGUUGUUUCUGGAUUGCCUCAUUCAAGGGACAUCAGCGAACCUCACCUCUCUCCACCCGGGUACCCUGCUGAUCUCAGGGUUGGCAGAAGCUUUUGUCAUGGCUCAGAGCCGGAUCCAGGAAUUUGUGGGGAAACACCAGAAGAACCCUAAGCUUCCAGAAGAACGGGAAGCUCAAGUCAAACGGGCCUUCCGGGAAUUGGUGGAGAAACACGAUGACAAACAUGCCAUGGAUCUCUUGAUCUUGCCCACCUCAGUCAAAGAGGAAUUGCUUGGUUUGGUCAAGGAGAUUCAGGAAGAAGACACGGAGGGACAAAGGAAUGGCUACAGGACACCGUCCAGUUUUGGGAGAGAUAGUUCACUGGGGUUGGAAGCCAAUGCUGUGAAUAGUGGCAGAUCUGGGACUCCAGAUCGGCCUCAGCCUAUCUUUGACAUACCUGAAGAACUCAGUCAAAUCCAGGAACAGAAUAGAACUAGAGGCUCUGGGUCUGACUGGCCUGUGGAAUUUACCAGGCCGCAAGAAUCUCUUCACAAAGCUGGAGAUUUGAUGCAACUACCGUACUCAGCUAGACUUUGGGAUGCCAGGGCUGACUUGCCUGCUGUGGAGGCGAAACCUCAAAACCAAAAACAUCUUCACAUCCCAUGGGAUGACUUUCCCAGAAGUUCCGAUGAGGCCCAAUUUCACCCUAAGCCACAGGGACAUCUGUCUGACUUGAAUGGUCCUCGGCAUUGGCUUGAGGCCAUGACUGCUAAGAAUUCUGAGCUUUCCAAGAGUUUCUCUAAGCAGAUUCCAGCUACCUCCGAGACUCAGAAUCUACCUGGAUACAAAGGCCUCACAGAAAGCUUGGAGGAUCAUCGGGCAGAAGAAAAGAACCCCCUUUGGGAAACAGCAUCGAGUCCCAUUAGUUUGCCUGAGGAAACCACUGAGGGGGAGGAGGCAACGUCCGACAUUUUGCUGUCAUCGUGGACUGAAAAAGAGUUCAAAAUGAGGCUAAACUUCUUUAAAACGAUGGGCUACGAGGAGCGUGUGGUCAAAAAGAUACUCUUGGAGGGUGGAGUUCAGGAAGCCCCUUCAACUAUCUUGGAUAGAGUCCAGAUGAUGGCAGCAGGCUUGUCUCAAAACAAAGAUACCUCCCCGACUCAGGAAGAGCCUGAACGACGAGGUCUCGCCGCUUUGUCUCUGGAAGACCCAUACGACGAAAACAAUUAUGUCAAGGAACUGAUCAAAACGGCAGUGGUCAACUGUGGCCAUUGUCCCAGCAAGAUCCCCACAGAAAUACAAACAGGAGCCCCGUUGGCAAGUCUCCUGAGGCAGCUCAACGAGAAAGGGGAACGCCAAGGCGAAGGUGAGAGUGCGACAGGGGGAUCACCAAUGAAGCCAGAACAAGGAGGUCAGUUUGGCGCCCAGAGGGCAACCAUUUUGAAUUACAGGGAAUCUUCUCCGCAGAGGACUCAUCCAGAGGAAAGGUGGAAUGGUGCAUUUUCGAAUCACAACCAUGUUUCAGCAAGUAAUCCUGGAGUUUCUCCCACUGCUAAUUUUUUGUCCUCCCUAUCGGAUUCUGAGGGGAUCCAGUCAGCAGAAAGCACCAGCAUGGAAGCUCUUCACCAGGCUUCUGUUUCUACAGUAACGGGAGCUCAGCGCUUUGAGGAAGCUCUCCAGACUGAGUUCAAGCUCACGCUGGCCAAUACACCCGGGAAGAAGAAUUUGCGGAUGGUCAUUAUUGAUGGUAGCAACGUGGCCAUGAUGCACGGUCUGAACCAGUUCUUCUCAUGCCGAGGAAUUGCCCUAGCUGUGCAAUAUUUCUGGGACCGAGGCCACCGCGAAGUGAACGUCUUAGUGCCCGCUUAUCGAAUGGAAAAAGAUUCUAAUGUGAGAGAGAGGCACUUUUUGACUGAACUGCAUGACCUAAGCAUCCUGUCCCUUACACCAUCCCGGAAAAUCGACGGGAGAGGCAUUGUCCCAUAUGAUGACAGAAUGAUGCUGAAACUAGCAGAACAGACCAAUGGGGUGAUAGUCACCAAUGACCAAUUCCGGGAUCUUGCCAAAGAAUCGAAGAGAUGGAUGAAGAUAAUCAAGGAGAGCUUGUUGCAGUACACUUUUGUGGGGAACAUAUUUAUGGUGCCGGAUGACCCCUUAGGACGAAGUGGCCCUACCUUAGCAGACUUCCUGAAGAAAAAAACAAAGCGUUUCGCUUCUUAUCCAAGAAGCUUCUUCAGUGUCUUCAAAGAAAACCCAGAAAGUCCAGUUGCCUCUUGAAAAAGCACCUUUGGGACAACCAUGACCAGGAUGACUGAGAAUCUCCAUAGACAUACAGUCCCUAGAAUUCUUGGUUGCAACCAAGUUGAAGGACUUCUGGCUUCUGUGGUGAUAAAUAGUGGCAGAGCUCCAUCUUAUGGCCAGAAGUGGGAAGAGCCUGACAUUUUAAGUUGCCACAACCAAUCCUUUGUUGUCAUUCCUUCGUGUCUCACCUUCCAAUUAUUGCUCAGUCCAAAACAUCCCAGGUUCCAUUAUGGUAUCUGAAGUAUUUCAACUCCUUUGCUAAUUUGUUUUACAAUCAUUAACAGAGGGAUACAAUCAGGAUCAAGUGAGGUACUAAUACCACUCUAUAAAGCCUUAGUAAGACUACACCUAGAAUACUGCAUCCAAUAUUUUGGUCACCACACUAUUAAAAAGAUGUUGAGACACUAGAAAAAGUGCAGAGAAGAGCAACCAGGAUGAUUAGGGGACUGGAAGCGAAAACAUAUGAGGAACGGUUGCAGGAACUAGUCUAGUGAAGAGAAGGACCAGGGGAGACAUGAUAGCAGUGUUCCAGUAUUUGAGGGGCUCCCACAGAGAGGAGUGGGUCAAGCAGUUUCGCAAAACACCCGAAAGCCAGACAAGGAAUAAUGGAUGGAAACUGAUCAAGGAGAGAUUCAACCUAGAAAUAAGGAGAAAUUUUCUGACAGCGAGAACAAUCAACAGAACAGGAACAGAAGUUGCCUUCAGAAGUUGUGGGAGCUUCAUUACUGGAAGCUUUCAAGACGAUACUGGACUGCCAUUUGUCAGAAAUGGUGUAGGGUCUCCAACUUGGGUGGGGGGUUGGACUAACUCUGUCAACUCUGUCAAUCUCUAUUAAUUUGUUUUAAAUUCUGCUUAGAUUACCCUGAGAAAUCCCCAGUGGUGCAUAACUCCCACUGGCUUAUCUUUUUGGAUGAAUUAUUUUCUUAUUUAUUUUGUUAAAUUUAUUUGCUGCCUAUCUCGCUAUGGAGCUACCCUAGGCAGCUUACAACAAUAAAAAAGAAGCAAAAUGAAAAGCUGGAUAAACAGAAGUAAAAGAACAGAGUAAUAAACAAUGACAAAGGAACACAACGAGGAUAAAUACAUCAAUAUGAUAACCAAAAAGAUGGUUGGGUAGAGAGCAGAAAGCAAGUGGGGGAAGGGAAGCAGAGUCUGCCAUCCAUCUAACAAGCCACCAAUUAAAAUAAUUAGUUAAAAUAAUUGGUUAAACCAAUAAUUGGUUAAAAAUAAGCAAAUUGCUACUUCUAAUGGAGAAACUCUGAUUAAAAAAAAAAAGGCACCCAUUCAGGGGUGAAAUUUACUUACCUUCGCUAUCAGUUCGGAAAUGUGAGCGUGCACACCUCCUCCACACUGCGCAUGUGCAGAGGAUCAAAAACGGGACGUGAUGAUGUCUGGGCAGGUGGGUGGAGCUUCCCACCACCAGCACUACCAGUUCGCCCGAAUCGGAUAGAACCAGUUGAAUUUCACCACUGAAAUUCAUUCCAUUCCAUUUCUUGCAAAACCAGGGCGGAAUUUUAAUUUUUCUUCCUUUUUCUUUCCCCCCCACCCUCUCU